AUGAGCACCUUCUCCCCUCCCACACCGCCCUCAAGGGCCCCAACAUACGAUGAGCAAAGAUUCAAAACCAUCACCUCACCUUGCGAGUGGGUGGAGGACUAUCACCCUGGUGGCUAUCACCCCGUCCAUAUUGGUGAUGUUUUCAAAAAUGGCCAGUAUAAGGUGAUCCGGAAGCUGGGCGAGGGCUCCUACUCUACGGUCUGGCUGGCAAGUGACUUGCGGUACAAUCAAUACAUUGCCCUGAAGAUUCUUGUCUCGGAGAUUUCAAGAUUUACAGCUGAUUUGAGGAUUUUACGCCAUAUCGCAGAAGUUGCACUAAGGGAGGCCUCUCAACACGUCACCCGGCUACUGGGCGAUUUCGAGCACCUAGGCCCUAACGGCAUUCACAAGGUCCUAGUACUUGAACCUAUGGGCGCGAGUGUCAAUAACAUGGUCGAAGAGCUGCCUCAGUUCAAGCCUCGCAGACAAGAAAUGAUAGUCGCUAUCCGCCUCAUAUGGCAAAGAUCCUUGCAAGCCCUGGAAUUCCUACACGACAACGGCGUUUCGCAUGGAGAUUUUCAACCAGGAAACCUGCUGUUCACUCUUGACGAUAUUGAAUCCAAACCUAAGGACGUGCUCCGCCAGGCUGAAGAUGUGCAAGCCAGGUCAAUUUCGCCACCGGUGGAAAGGCUAGAUGGUAAACAAGAUAAAUGGGCUCCUCGAUACCUUUGCAUCGCACAGCCGCUAGAGCAGUUCACACACUAUACUGAAGGCUUCAACAUCAAACUCUCCGACAUGGGCGGCGACCCGCCAUCAAACCCUGUCAUUCCAGUCGGCCUUCGAGCUCCUGAGUUGAUUCUAACAGGAGGCGUCGACCGAACUCUUGAUGUUUCGAAUUUUGGCUGCCUGGUCUUUGAGCUCAUCACUGGACAGCCUCUCUUUUGCGUUCCAGGGUCUAACUUUGAGGAUGAUGACCAUCUUCUCUUACUUACGGCUAGGAUCGGAGCUCUUCCCGAAGAGCUUUUUCUGCAUUGGAAGUCGUCUUCACUAUACUUCACCGCGGAUCGAAAGCGUUUCAAUUGCCAACUUGGGAGUGUCGGGGAUGGGGAAGAGCCUCUUACUACCAUAGAGGAGCUUUUUGACCAAGCCGGGCUGGACUUGACCGAAGAGGAUGCCUGCAACUAUGAUCCCACGAAGAGACCUUCACCAGCGGAGCUUUUGCUCGAUCCGUGGUUUCGUGAAAUUGACAUUUAA